GUUGCGCGUCAAAAUCACAAACGAGAGACAGCAGCAAACUCAAUCGAUCGUCUCUCUCCCUCUCUAAUCUUCUUCUUCAUCAUCAUCAUCACCACACUUACUGUGAAAAAGACCCCUUUUGUUCUUUUUUCUUUUUACAAUCUGAGAUCUGAACAGAUAUUUCUUAAAUCUCAUUAAAUCCCCCCUUAAAGUUUCAAUCUUUGCUUUUUUUCCCCCAAAUAUCUUCUGGAGAUUUCUUUCUAAAAUUUCUCCACCGAUUCACCCCCAAGUCUCUCUGGCUAUGAAAAUCUAUUGAAGUUCUUGGUUUCUCAGAGCUUCAAUGGUGGAAAAAAAUCCCUAAUUUUCACCCCCAAUCCGAGAAUAACUUCAAUUUAUGGAGGAUUCAAGCACAUUCCGGUAGAUUUGUUUCUUUGGGGAGGAGAAGAAGAGAAAGUCAAAUCUUUAGGGUUUUCCCGAUUUGAAGAAAGUUUCGAUUUUUAAUAAAACCAAAUGUUCUCGAACCAGUUUGUGCUCGUCUUCUCUCUUCUUCUAUGUCUCCCAUUCGUCUUCUUCUUCGUUGCGCCACAUGUCUUCCCUUCACCUCCUCCUGGUGAAUCUUUAAUCCCAAUCUCCGAUGAAAUUGAUGACCGGAGUUUAUUCAUCGCCGCUGCUGGGUCGACCUCUCUUUCCCAUCUCUCAUCUGGAAACCCUAACCCUAAGCUCAAGAUUGCGUUUUUAUUCCUCACCAACUCCGAUCUACAUUUCGCGCCAAUCUGGGAUCGCUUCUUCUCUGGUCAUUCUAAAUCUCUCUACAACGUCUACGUCCACGGAGACCCUUAUGCCAAUAUCACAAGACCUGGCAACGGCUCUGUAUUUGAGAAUGCCUUCAUCGCCAAUGCUAAGCGCACGGCACGUGCCUCUCCGACUCUUAUCUCCGCCACGAGACGACUCCUCGCCACAGCGUUUCUUGAUGACCCUGCUAAUACUUACUUCGCUGUGCUCUCUCAGUAUUGCAUUCCUCUCCACUCUUUCAACUACGUUUACAGCUCUCUCUUUGAGUCUCCAACUUUUGAUAAAUCUGAUCCGGAUCCUACUCCUAAUCCUAGAGGUAUCCGGAUCUUGUACCGGAGUUUUAUGGAACUGAUAUCUGAUGAGCCGAGGCUUUGGAAACGUUCCCAACGCUGUUGAACAUGAAGGAUCCUGAUGGUUGCACGGGGUAUACGCUUACCAGGGUUAACUGGACUGGCACUGUGAAAGGACAUCCUUAUACCUAUAAGCCUAAGGAAGUCGUGCCUGAGCUGAUUCAGAGACUCCGGCGAUCAAACCACUCUAGCUCCUACUUUUUCGCACGCAAAUUUACUCCAGGUUGCUUGAUGCCGCUGUUGGCCAUUGCAGAUUCCGUGAUUUUCAGAGAUUAAGUUAUGCAGGGUGACAAAAGAAAGUUUUGGACCGAAGAGGUUUUAUGAUAUGGGUUGAACCGUUGAGGAACAGAUGCCACUUUCAGAAAAUGAAGAAAGAAGUGGCAAAGCGAAACGAUGUUCGAAAUAAAUAUACCAGUUUAAGUGGUACUAGGAGGCAGCGCUUGCCUGUUUAGCUGUUGUGACAUAUAUAUCACACGACACGAGAACACAGAUUAAGAGAUGGAGAAUUUGUAAUUUGUUUUUAUUUUUUUGUUUUCUUUUUGUUCUUUGGAGCUGGUGCUGUUACAUAGCAGAGCUCUUUUUACCUCAAAGGCUUGGGGUUUGUAGCAUUAUAAAUGUAUCAAUGAAGGAGAUAUGUUAUUUUC